AUGCCUCAAUUCAAUCCUAGCAGCUAUGAUUUGAAUGCAAGCAGCAAUAGUGUACCACAUAUUGAUACCUCAAACGAAGACUAUGAUUGCAACACCAUGUCCUAUUUAUUAAGUGAUGAUCUCUUAGACUUUAAUCAGAAUACUCAGUCAAUAGAAGAUAGAGCUAGAGAUAGGACUAUAUCGGUCCUUUCUCCUGAACAGCAUGUCUUGAGAAAGAGUAUAUCACGUCAAAGGGAAAUAAAUUAUAAGGUGCCAGCUAGCAAAAGCAAAGGAUUAUUCAACCAAUUGAAUUUUUCAUGCGAGUUAACUUGCUACCAGCAUAUAUCUUAUGAUCUACCUUACGAACUCGAAUACAAAACAGUGGACCUGGACAAGUUAGAUAUUGUCUUGAAUCAGCAAAGUCAAUUGAUAGUGCAGAUAUCCUUUUUAUUAUAUACAUUUAUAAGCCUAUCCCUAUAUGAACACAUCCUUAACUUGAUCUAUACUGUGUUUGCCAACUAA